GUGAUGCCUGGGUGCGAUAUGAUCAGCGAGUUGCCGGACUCUUUGCUCACUCAAAUACUCUCAUACCUUCCGACAGGAGAUUCGGUGCAGACAGGUAUAUUGUCUAAGAGAUGGAAGAAUCUCUGGCUAAGCGUUCCCGCUCUUGACUUAAACUGCUUUCUUAUUGCUUAUGAAGACGACGAAGAAGUGCUCUUCACCUUCGUUGAAAGAUUUCUCGAGUUUAGCCCCGAGUCAAGUCUUUUAAAAGUCAAGGUUAGGUGCAGGCCCCGCAUGAUAGAUGGUUUCAUGGACCGGGUCGGUACAAUGAUUAGCCGUGGAACACAACAUCUCGAUGUUGUGAGCAGAAACUGUUAUUUAGAAGAGCGCGGUAUUUACUAUGCUUGUGUCGAGUUCAUGCCUAUGAAUCUCUACACGAGCAAGACAUUGGUUUACUUAAAGCUCUCUUCUUCUGGACUUAUGGAUCCUGGUUUGGUUUUCAUGCCUUGUCUAAGAUUCAUGCAUCUUGAAGAAGUUAAAUGGCGUGUGCAUCUGGAGAAAGUCCUCUCAGGGUGUCCUGUUCUUGAGGAGCUGACUUUGGCGAGGGAUACGGAUGAUGAUUAUGCACUUCGGAAUGAUGAAUUUGGGGUUAUGCGAGUGAGGUCUCGAAGCUUGAAGAGGUUUAGUGUGCUGCCGCUUAGGGAGGUAAGGGAUUACCAUUCGAGAGUGGAAUGCACACUUGAGAUUGAUGCUCCUGGGCUAGAGUAUAUGAGUCUAGGAGAAGAUCAAUUUGAUAGCAUUGUGGUGAAGAACCUGACUUCUAUGAUCAUGGUUAACCUUGAUAUCAAGUUUGUUAUCAACUUGUACGGAUUUUUUGAUCCAUGGGAUGCAUCAAAGAGGAAUGAAAUCCGUGGUUUUCUCAAUGGGAUAUCGAGUGUAAGACAUAUUAUCAUCUCUGAGAAAACAGUGAAGGCCCUUGAUCUUUACUCAAAAGGAGGAAUGAUUCCUAAAUUCAACAACUUAUCUCGUUUAGAAGCAGUGUUCCCUAGCGCCUUGUUACAGUUUCUGCCAGCCUUUCUUGAGUGUUGCCCAAAUCUCAAACACCUAGUCUUGAAGGUUGCUCAUUCAGAGGAGAUGAAUGAGGGAUUGGAACUCACAGAUGUGCCACGGUGUGUCUCAACGACUCUUGAGUGUGUUGAGAUUAAAGAUAAGUUUGAAUGGGAGGAAGGGAAGAUGAAAGUAGCCAGUUACUUUCUUGAAAACUCAGUAGUACUGAAGAAACUCAUUCUGAGCCCUACAGCUUAUAAUCAGAACAUAUACGAGAAAGUUAAUAAACUCCCAAAACGUUCUCCAGUAUGUCAAAUUAUCCAUGAAUGA